AUGGAAGUCAUAAAGAAACUAACUUCUCUUCAAGAAAUAUCCAAAGUACAGUUUUCCAAGAUCUUAAACAUCAACUCAAAUAUCAAGUAUCUAAUCUUGGAACCCAGUCUCAUAAGACCCCUAGAAAGGGUCUGUGGUGUGAAGUGGUUGAAGUCUAAUGGAGUGGAUAAAAUUUUCAAACUGGAAUCAGUGCCACCUGAUUUUGACACCAAAACUGUUAUUUACAUGAUAUAUGCUGACAUGGAGAUAUUCCAUCAAGUUGUGAAUCAAAUUCGUUCAAAAGUUGAUAUAGAAAACCCUAUGAAAAACAAAUUUCAUAUAAUAGUUGUACCAAGGGUAAUCUAUUCCUUGGAGAUUGAAUUAGAACAGUUAGGGUUAUUGCAUGAUGCUAUAAGAUUACAUUCUUUUCAGUGGAUGCCUUUACAUUUGGACACAGGGUUGCUGAGUUUAGAAAUACCAAACAUAUUCAACUCACUUUUUGUUUAUCAAAAUACAACAUUCUUACCAAGUUUAUCAAAAAUCUUAUGGCAACUGUGCUUUGUAGUAGGCAAACCAAAGUUCAUUUUAUCACUUGGUCAAUUCUCUAAAGCCCUGCUAGCACAGUAUGAUCAGUUAUGUGAAGACAGAGGAGACAGUGACAAAAUGGACUCAGACUUUGGUGCUAUCAUAGUGUUAGAUAGAACAGUUGAUUAUUCCAGUGCUUUGCUAACACCAGGCACUUAUGCUGGCUUACUCAGUGAAGUUUACUCAGUUACCUGUGGUAUUUGUGAAAAUAAGCAAGAAACUAUUGAUAAAUUAGAUGAAAAAUGUAAUCCCAUUGCACAGAAACAACUAGUUAAUUUUAGUCUGGAUAGUAAACAGGACAGUAUCUAUGCUGAUAUAAAAAAUCGGUAUUUCACUGAAGUCACCUCAGUUUUGAGUAAUUUGACCAAACAGCUCAAAACUGAGAAAACACAAUCUAAAGAAAUGGCACUUGAUGAAAUCAAGCACUACAUCCAAACCCAAUUGCAAGCUACAAGAAUCAAAAAGAAAUUCAUCACCCAACAUUUAUUAGCUGCUGAAAGUAUUAUAAAUAUAUUAGGUCACAGGUAUGAGAAUCAAAAAAUGGUAGAGCAGAAUAUCAUGAAGAACACUGAUAGGGCUACAAGUUUGAAUUAUCUAGAUGAAAUCUUAGCUACAGAGAAUGACAAAUAUAUCACUUUGAGGCUGUUUUGCCUCUUAUGUCUCACACAAUCUCCCAGUGACAGUGAGAUCAAAACAUUCUGGAGGAAAUACUUGCAUCAGUUUGGUUUUCAAUAUGGUUUUGCUUUCAACAAUCUCAUAAACACAGGUUUCAUCCCUGAACCAGUACAACCAACUGGUAGUUUGAAAUUACAAGGCAAAAUUAAGAUACCACUAUUCACCACCAAUAACUUUUAUGUAAACACAAAAAAUUUGAAACAAGUGCCUGUUGAUCCAGAUAAAGUCAACUUGAAACACCCAACUUGUGCUAGUUAUGUAUAUGGGGGAAGUUAUCUGCCACUUAUCACUCAAAUAGCAGGCAUGCUAUUGAAUUCCUUGCCAAUUGAGGAAAUAAAAUCAAAAUUGGAACCCCUAGGUCCGUUAACUAUUAGAAAUGAUAAGGCUUAUCCUUUACAAACUAGGAUAAUAUUGAUAUAUUUGGUGGGAGGUAUCACUUAUGCAGAGGUUGCUGCUUGUAAUAUGUUAGAGAGCUUGACUGGAGCACAAAUAAUAAUUUUGAGUGAUAAGAUUAUUACUGGGAAUGAUUUGAUGAAAGAUAUUCUAGAAUAUCCCAAAUGA